AUGACUCAGAGGCAUGAAGCACACCAGCCCGGCCUGGUGAUCAAGAUGGUGCCCUCCAAAUACAGAGGUUCUCUCAAAAAGAAGAUCAAAUCAGAGCUUGAGUUGACUGCCAGCAGUCUGAGCCAGGAGAACGACUAUCUCAAGAAGACCCUGGCAGAGUCUCGUCAUCAUUAUUCAGCUCUUCAUAAGCUACUGGAGAGAUUCCUAACUCUUGAAACAGUUAGGCUGGAGAAUUGUCAGCAACUAAAGGCUAAAGCCGUGGAGAUGGCUUUGCCGUCAGAGCAGCUGAGUGGGAAAGAAGAUGAUCUGUUUGACGGAGUGAGUAUGAGGAGAAAGAGAGUGAUGCCCAGCUACUCGUCAGAGAUUGCUGAAAUCAAGAGCAAGCUUGUGAGCGUCACGUCUAGGUGUCAAUAUCUGGAGAACAAAGUUGCAAGGAAUAAGGGCUCCAUUUCUGAUGAACAGGCCUCCACCGACGAAGUAAGAAAGCUGCAAUAUGACCUUAAGGAUGCCUUGGAAAAAAACAAGCAGUGGCUGGAAUAUGACCAGCAGAGAGAGGCCUAUGUGAGGGCAGUUCUGGCCAGAAUGUUAUGGCUGGAGAAGCAGCUGAACGAGGCCAAUAAGGCGCGCUCGCAGCAGCACAAUGAGGACUAUUCAAAUGUGAAUAUGCGGAUAAGCCAGAUGCAAGAGCACUAUGAAAGACUCUUAGAAAAAGCCAAAGAUGAGCUGGAGGUGCUCAGGGAUAGGGUGAACGAGACCUGCCAAAACCUGACAAUGACCCAAAACAUAUGCAAGAACAAGGAGGAAGAGGUAGAGGAGCUCAAGCAACAGCUGCAGAGUGAAAGAAGCAAUAAAGAGGCAGCAGAAUGUCAUAGUUGGUCUGAGAUUGAAGAGGAACACCUGACUGAUGAGACCAGAGACCUGCGGCACAGACUCAGUGAGGAGAAGCGCAAGUCAGCUAAUUUGGAGUUCCAGACGAGCAUCCGGGAUAAGUUUUUCAAAAACCUUCACCAUGCAGACCAGAGAAAGAUUGCAGACCUGCAGCGGCAGAUCAAGAUUUCUUCCCAGGACCUUGAGGACGAGAGGCAGGAUUGUUCAUAUUUAAAGGAGCAAAUGGUCAGUGUUCUGAAGAUGAUGCAAAACACCAGAGGCCAUCAGGCAAAACUAUCAAAGAGAGAACAGCGGGAUUGCAGUCCAUGCAAAGUGACACCCCCACCAUCCCCACCCACCAGAGAGAGCCGCCACUCGUCUCCUCACAGCAGCAUGCAUGAUGGAAGCUGUCUGGAGUGCCCGAUCUGCCAAGCCCAGUAUCCUGUCAGUCACUACAGGGAACUGACUUACCACCUAGAAGUCUGUCAGGACUGAAGGGUUGAGCAGAAUUCCUCUUCUGUUCAGUGUUUUCUGUUGUUUGAAAUCUCAAUAAACUACAGA